CGAGAUAGUACUGUUUGCGUCUCUUUAGCUUGUGGAAGUAUCGUACGUCACAGAAGCAAAGUUAACCCUAGAAGAAACAUUUAUUGAAAACCGGUUUUCGAGAAAUAAUUUUAUAAUAUGUUCGAGAAAAUGUAAAAUAAUUUAAUCGAUUUACACUAAAAUAAGAAGAAAAAAAAAAUGUGUGAAAUAAUAAAAGGCCAACGAAGAACGUUUCGCGAUCAAGAUCCUCCGCGAAUAUGCAAUAAAAAUAAUGACAAUUUGGAAAACGAACUUGAAUUUUGUGAAACGAUUUCUAAUUCGCCAACGAUCCUUCAACGAGUAUCCAGUUUUGAAAAGUGCUUCAGUGAAUCUGAAUAUCACGAGAAAGAUCAGCAGAAUCGGAAGAAAGAGAAAGCAAAUCUAAUCACGCAAGAAAGUACUUCAUCUGAUUCUAUUCAAGAUUCGAAUAGCUGUUUCAAGAUACCUAAGACUAGUGAACAACCGGAUUUUCCAAAUGAGACAACAAACUCGGAGAACUUCAUCAAGGAGCUCUCCGAUAAAGUGCCUUCCAACAGCCGUCACGAUAAUGAGGUGAUCAAUAACGGACUGAGAAGCGAUACUGACAGCUGCGACGGUUUAACAAACGGACGAAAGAUGGCACCGGUGUUGGGUGUACCACCUCCUCCUCCACCUGCUCCUCACAUGGGACCAGAUGGAUUGAUCUUGCCGAGAAAACCGUAUAAUCCUUAUCUCUCAUCCACGAAUCACAAGGAUCUUCGAAGGGAAUUGUUAUUCAAUCAGAAAGUUGGCAAAAACGUGCUGAAUCAAAAAAGCGAGCUUCAACGAGCGCUCGAGAAACAGAGGGAAGCUGCCUCGAGGAGAGAAGCUGAAAGAAAUCGAGAGGAGAACUACAAAGACGAUCCUCGAACUGCCUUGCAAAGAGCAAUCGAGCAAAGGGCAAAGCACAUUGAAAUGACACUGGAACAAUCCCAACCAAUCGAGCCACCGAGCAACCUUUUAAUAACAGCGAGAGCAAAACUGAGACCGCGCGCAGAUUCACAAUGAAGUUAUGUAAAAACGAAGAAAGAAAGAAAGAUUGAUUUGUGAAAUACGAUAAAUUUAAUAUCGUACGGGUUAGCGAUAAUCGCAACUCUUGAGCCAAACUUUUUUUGAUCAUAAUUUUCUAAUUUGACUACAUGUACAUAUACUACAUUUACUCCGAGAAGAAUUCAUUAAAAACAAAACAAAGUUGUACAAUUAAUUAAAAAUAUAUUGUGACGUGACGUGUUAAAUAUUAGAGAAACAGAAAAUAAGAAAAAAAAUAGAGAGAAAAAGAAAGGACAGAUUUUAUCAUAUCUAUCAUAUUUUGAUAGAUUUAUUGGUUUAAAGUAUAUAUAUUUAAUUAUAAUGUGUGAUACUUCAGUUGUGCGUUUUUCGCGUCAAAGUAGAUAAUUGCCUUAUUCUUCCAAAGUUCUCAGAAAGCGCGAAUAUGCACAUCAGGUGAUUUAUUUCUUCUUCUAAACGAAUUAGUCUCGUUAGAUGUUUUAGCUAAAUCUAACCAUUGCUUUUCAUGAAAUUUCAUGAAAGUAACUUGAACUUGAAAUAAUAUAUAUAUAUAUAUAUAUGUAUGUACUCAUUUGUCGAACAAAGGCCUUGUUAAAUCUAGGGAUUGUAGAUUCAAAUGUUGUAAACGUAAUAACUCUCAGUAAACGUUCAACUUAUAUUAUAUCCACACGUGUCAAUGAUGUAAUACAGUAUAAUUAACAUUACAUCUUUGUUACGACGAUUAGUUAUUGAAGGAGAAAUAAAAUUGCCGAAUCUGGUGAUUGAAAUCGGUUCGAUAUUUUGUUACGUGCUCUUUUUUCAGAGUUUUCUUAUGUAAAAACUAAUACCAUUAGAAUAAGCGAGAUCAGUCAUAAAUAAUAUAGACGAGAAUUUAAACAGAUACUAUGAACAAAAUGUAACUGUUUGACGAUAACUUAUCAUCGUGCCUGAAUUUAUACCAAUUUAGACCUGAAUACGAAGUACAGAUAUAAUUUCAUCGCAAUAAUUGCAGUAGUAGAAUUGGUAGCCUGGGACCACCGUACAUUUGUAAUAACUAUAUACUAGCAAUUAAAUGAAAAAAAACAUCCGAUAGAUUGAUAUAGCAACAUUUAUUAAACUCCAGUGUUCGUAAUUCAGAAAAGAAAUGAAAUAUAUAUUGUUGCACUGUA